GGCUAAGGUAGCUGGAAGCCUGAGUCUGCUAACGUCGUAGUUUCGAAAAGGGCGACACAAAAAAAGGAGCUGCGAACUAGCUGCGGAUCGCAUAGUAACCGCCAUGACAACGGAAGCUUGACAUGAGCUACGAGUUUAGAAGCGAGAGUCGAGUGUGUGUUUCCCGUGUGAUUUGGUGGGUACCGAAUGAAUGAACUGGUCAACUCGUCCGGUCAACUCAUCCCUGUAACUAGUGUGUGUAUUGAUGACUAGUUAAAAAGUGUUUCAGUUGUUAUCAUCAUAUCGGGCAAGGGAAAAUAGGGAAAAAUGCGUCCAAAAUAUUAUACACCAAAUGAGGUUUCUGUGCACAAUACAUUGAAGGAUCUCUGGAUCUCAUUUUUAGGGAAAGUCUAUGAUCUCACUCCACUUUGUGAAAACUACACUGGUGAUGUUCUCCUUAAACCAGUUAUAGCCGCAGCUGGUAAAGACAUUUCUCAUUGGUUUGAUAAGAAAACCAAGGAGAUCCGCACUCAUGUAGACCCAGUAACUGGUUGUGUUUUUCCUUACACACCUCAUGGACGGUUUGUUCAUAUUCCCCCAUCAUGUCCACGCACAGACUGGGCUAAUGACUUUGGGAGGCCGUGGUGGAAAAAUGAUAUCUUCUGCAUAGGAAUUCUAUCAGCUAAGACAAGAUACAUCAAAAUAAUCAACAACCUCACAUCACAGGAGCAUGUUAUUGAAGUAUGUUCCGAGGAGAUAAUGGCGGAGAUCCUUGAACGUUAUCUUGUCUGGAACCAGCAUGCCGCUAGCUACACCUGGAAGUAUAAUGGCAUCAAUCUAGAUAUGGGAAAGACUCUACAACAGAAUGACGUCAUGGAUGAAGAUGAAGAAUUCUAUAAGCUUAGUAUGAACGAUGAGGAGUUUCUUCCUGCACUACAUUUAUAUUUCAAUGAUGACCUCACUGAAGCCUGAUCGUUCCUCUGAUUGAAACAGUACUUGCUUAAGAUGACAGCCUCCUUUUAUCCUAUAAAAAAAUAAUUACAAGUAUUUUCAAGACUCAAUAUAUAAUACAAUUAGGCCUAGGUUUUUAAAGCAGUUUGCUGUGCCCGGAAAUGCACAGAUACUGCAACUGGACAGCAAGGCGGCAUUCAGUCAACCGUGUUUACCCCUGUACACAAACGUACUUUACUUCCAUUUAGUUUUUUGUUCAUGAAGCUGUAAGCAUAAUAAGUACUGAAUACUAAUGCAAAUAAAUUACACAUUUUAAAUAGAACUUAAAUUUGAUGACAUUGACCGAUUAAUCCCUCAGUAUUUUGACUUUGUACAAUAACAGAAUGUCAAGCUGCCAGCCUUUUUGUUGUUAUGCCUUUGUUUGCAGCGCAGUCAGUGCCUCAAGCGCCACCUCUUUGCUGAUGUUCUGUGUUCUUGAUUUUUCCAUUUGGUGUAGGCUUUUAAGAAUUCAACAAAAAUGAACCUACAAUUAAAGGUGAUAUUACUUUUUCAAAGAAUUUUGACUUAAUACCGGUAAUCAUUUGUGCAACAUUUCAGUCAAGGCAGAAUAGUUCUUUCACAUUUAUAAAAAAAAAAAAAAAAUCUUAAAGCUCAUAAUCAGAAAACAAUAUACAUGUAGUCUGCUUUUACUUUUCAAAUACAGGAUCAGCAAAGACUUGUUGAUUCUGUUUUCCAAAUUGCACCAAUGUUUGGAGCUUCACAGACUUUUAGUGUAGACAUAAUGUCCAAGCUUCCUGUGUACUGAGUAAUAUUGUGGUAUGGUUAAAUGUUUAUCCGACAUCUGGAUAUUUUGAGCCAAAGGGAAUUCAUUAGGUUAGAGUCGGGCAUGCUCUCGAUUAGUCUAUUUACUGUGUAAUCUAUUCUCCAUGUACUGUAAAUGCUUUGUAAAUAUGUAAAUAUCUGUGAUGAAAAUCCAAGAUGUAAGCAUUUGUAAAAUUUAAACAGCACAAUUUUCAAUUAACCACUUUGCUUUGGAUGCCGACAAAUAAAUGCGCAAAACUCCACAGAUUCAGAUUUAAGUAAUGUCUGAUACAAUGACUUGCUUAGUCACAAUUAAUUCCUCAGACUAUGGAGACAGUUGCUAUUUCGAAAAGUUCGAGGCAAGCAUUUGCAAAGCAACCUCUCGUUGAGCAAACAAUGGUGCCAUUGUGUCACACACAUUCAUUCAAUUUGUGUAUGGUUGUUAAGUAACUAAGUAAAAAGCCAAGCCCCUAAUCAUGUGACAAUAGCAACUGUCUGGAUAGGCUGAGGAAUUCUAAUUUAAGUUUGAACUUGUGAUCAAGCGCGUCAUUGUGCAAGACAGUAUUAAGAUCUAACACGCAAAUGGCUUAUUGGAUUAAUGUAUAUAUAGAAUUUGAGGCAUUGCAUGGUGAGGUAUCAAUGUAA